UGCCAUGCAGUGCACCGGCACACAAGCACACACAAACACGUUUUAUUUAGUUUACACGAGCAUAAAGCCUCCCUAACUUGAUAUUACGAGGAGGUUGUGAUGAUUUAAGCAAAGCAGAAAUAUGAUUUUGUGUGUGUGUGUGUGUAUGUAUAAGCCAGACGAGACACCAUGCUGGCUGCCUGGUUUUUGCUAUUGUUGUCUGCUAUCCGCACCGGCCAUCUGUCACAGGGACUUCUCUCCUCUUUGACCCGGUUAUCGCGGAGCUUGUGACACGGAUUAACCAGGUCCCUUACAGUCUGCAAGAACAAGGGAUGCUUUUGUCAUCUUAGCAGCUUUCCAGCUAGUGGUGCGUGGUCUGGAGGGAGGAGAAGAAAGGACGGCAGAGAACAUGGAGCUGUCCGACGGCUUGUUGCUGCAGGUCAACAAUGGAGAGCAGUGGUGCAACCGCUGGAAGCAUCCCAACGAUGACUCGGACCGCAGCACCAGCCCUUCAGUCCUGCGCUGUGUCACCAGCACGUGGAAGGAGGGUCUGCUGAACAGAAAGAGGCCCUUCGUGGGACGUUGCUGUCACUCCUGUACACCACAGAGCUGGGAAAGGCUGUUUAACCCCAGUAUUCCUUCUCUGGGACUGCGCAACGUCAUCUACAUCAAUGAGACCCACACUAGGCAGCGGGGCUGGUUGGCACGCAGGCUGAGUUAUGUGCUCUUUGUGACGGAGAGGGACGUCAACAAGGACAUGUUCACCAGGAAUGUAGUGGACAAUGUGCUCAACAACAGCAGGGUGGAGGCCUCCAUUGUGAAGGUGGCUACAGAUUUCGAGGCGGCAGCCAGCCGCCCCGGCCAAGAGCACAAAGCCGUCAGUAAAGUGAAGCAGAAAGCCAGGGCCUUCCUCCAGGAGAUGGUGGCCAACAUUUCCCCGGCCUUCAUCAGACUCACAGGGUGGGUGCUCCUGAGGCUAUUCAAUGGGUUCUUCUGGAGCAUUCAGAUCCACAAGGGACAGCUGGAAAUGGUCAAGAAAGCUGCGACAGAGCAAAAUGUGCCCAUGGUUUUUCUCCCCGUUCACAAGUCCCACAUCGACUACCUGCUCAUCACGUUGAUUCUGUUCUGUCACAAUAUCAAAGCUCCGCACAUCGCAGCUGGAAACAACCUCAGCAUCCCCAUCCUCAGCACCCUGAUCCGUAAACUUGGAGGAUUCUUCAUACGUCGGAAGAUGGAGGAGACGGGAGAUGGGAAGAAAGACGUUUUGUAUCGAUCACUUUUGCAUGCGUACACCGAGGAGUUGUUGCGGCAGCAGCAGUUUUUGGAGGUCUACUUGGAGGGCACUCGGUCCCGCAGCGGUAAGCCGUCCCCGCCGCGCGCCGGCAUGCUGUCCAUCGUGGUGGACACUCUGUGCACGGGGUCCAUCGGCGACGUGCUGGUGGUACCGGUUGGCAUCUCCUACGACCGCAUUAUUGAGGGCAACUAUAACAGUGAGCAGCUGGGUAAGCCCAAGAAAAACGAAAGUUUGUGGGGAAUCGCUUGUGGAGUGUUCAGGAUGUUGAGGAAGAACUACGGUUGUGUCCGUGUUGAUUUCAACCAGCCCUUCUCCCUGAAGGAGUACCUGGACUCCCAGAGAAGCCGCCAUAUUGCACCACCGGUGUCCCUCGAACAUGCCCUGAUGCCCACCAUUAUUUCUGCACAGCCUGAUGCCCAGCUGUUUGUAGGGCAGGAGGAGGAGCAGAUACCUGGAGAGCUGCCUGAUGACAUCUUUAGACGACAGCUUAUCAACAACCUGGCCAAGCAUGUUCUCUUCACGGCUAAUAAGUCGUCGGCGAUCAUGUCCACUCACAUUGUGGCCUGUCUGCUGCUGUACAGACACAGACGGGGUGUGGUGUUGUCCAAGCUGGUGGAGGACUUCUUCAACAUGAAGGAGGAGAUUCUGUCGCGGGACUUUGACCUGGGCUUUUCGGGGAACUCCGAGGACGUGGUGAUGCGCGCCCUCCACCUCCUGGGAAACUGCGUCAACGUGACCAGCAGCGCAAACCGCAACGGGGAGUUCACCAUCGCACCCAGCCAAACUGUCCCGGCGCUUUUCGAGCUCAACUUCUACAGCAACGGCCUUUUCCACGUCUUCAUCUCUGAUGCUAUCAUUGCCUGUAGCAUCCUGUCACUGCAGAGGGAGCUGGUGUCAGAGUCUGAUGCUGACCAGUCUGAGGAGACCGGUGGUCAUCAUACUCUCCCUCUCAGCCAGGAGAGACUCAUCCGUAAGGCCGCCAGUCUCUCCUACUUCCUAACCAACGAGGUGGCUGUGGCACCACCUUGUCAGACAAUUUACCAGGUUUUCCUGGAUGCAGUGACCCGACUCAUCCAGUACGGAGUCCUCUACGUGGCCGAGGAGGACCAGGAGGAACUGAGUCCCAGCCCCACAGAGGAACCUUGGCCCAAAAAGUUCUCUGAACCUAUUUCCUGGAGGAGUGACGAGGAAGAUGAGGACAGUGACUUUGGAGAGGAGCAGAGGGAUCGCUACCUAAAGGUGAGCCUUUCUGCAGAGCACCAGGAGUUCUUCAUCUUCCUCCAGCGGCUCCUGAGCCCAGUGCUGGAGGCCUACAGCGGGGCGGCCAUCUUUGUCCACAGCCUGAGUCAGCCCAUGGCCGAGUCUGAAUACACCCAGAAACUCUUCAGAUACCUGCUCACUCGCACGGAGAGAGGAGUGGCUGCUUAUGGUGAAAGUGCAACUCAUUACCUGGUGAAGAACACAGUGAGGACUUUCAAGGAGCUUGGGGUCCUAAAGGAGAGAAGGGAGAACAAGGUGACAACCCUGGAGCUGAGCACCACUUUUCUACCUCAGGCCAAUCGGAACAAACUCCUGCAGUACAUCCUAGGUUUCACCCUGCUGUAACUGAGACGCCAGGCUCCUUCCAAUAAAGGGCUUCUACUGGUUACUUCUAAACACUCCCAGGUGCUACUCUGUGGAAAGCUUUACCAGGAAGUGCCUUCACGUAAAAGCCGCUAGCAGAUCGCUGCUGGCCGGAAGAGACUUGAAGCCAGUCUUCCUUUUUUUGUUUUUCUUUUCUUUUCUCCCUGUGGUAGAACCGUGCAGCUGAUAAAAACUCGUGUCUAGUUCUCUGAAGAGGUACCUCUUUCUUUGUGAACUUUGCCAGCGACGCUAGAAGGUUUUAACACGAUCAGAUCUUUUAAACCUUAAGGAAAAAAUAUACUCGAGCAGGUUAGAAAAUCUCUUUUACAGCAAACCGAACAAAGCAGGCAGCCUUUCGUCUAUACAAGUGAACAAACUAAAUAUGCAUAGGAAAUAAUUGUAAUCAUAACCAACACUUUAUAUGUAUAUUUUUUGUUUGUUUUUUUUUUGUUUGUGUUUACUAGUAUUCUCUCCAUCGCACUCUGCUAUCAUACAGUAGAAAACAUUUGUACAUAGCCACAGCAGCAGCAGUGUGUAAUAGAGAAUCACCGAGAGAUACAGAGUCCCUGCAAAAUGUGUACAUAUCAACCUUUUCAUAAAUCAGACUGUGUCAGUCAGUCACUGCGAGUUAUUCUACCGGUUUAAGAUACGAAAACAGUUCGUCCUGCAAAUUCAAAUCGUACCUGCUGAAAGUCGAAAGCCUAAAAAUCAACUCCGGAGUUAAGUGCAUUCAACCCCGCUGAUCUUUAAGUGCAUUCACUUCCACUUUUCAUCCUGGCUUUUUUGAUGACUUUGGUUACACUUUUCAAUGAAUGUUACGCACAACUUAAAAAAAAAACAAAAGAAAGAAAAAGAUACCAGCCAUCUCAUCCACUUACACUCAUAUGCAACGACACUCUUUGCUCGUCAUGCCUUUUCAGGGAAAGCAGAUAUUUUGGUAUCGCCGCCAGUUUGUUUCCUGUGUUAUAAUCACUCUGUAUAAAAGCCUUUAUUGCUGCUGAGAGAGCAGUUUAGCUCCAAUAGUUGGGCAUUUGUACGAGUGCCGUGAGGCGUAGUGUGGUUAAAAAAUAAUAAAAAAAGAAAUGGUACAUAUCCACUGUAAUCCACAUGAACACGUUAAGGUUUUGUCAUCUUUAACUGCCAGCCACGUUUAGUUGUUCUUUCUUAUUGUUUUUCCUCAUAAUCAUAGUCUCAGUAUAAUUUUAAACUACCACUAAUAAGAUUUAAAACGAAAAAAGAUCUGCUCCUGAAUGUGGAGCAGGUUGUAAAUAACUCAUCAUUAAAAUUUAACCUGAUAGUGGAAAAAAAAAGAAAAGAAAAUAUUUCUGUUUUAUCGUAAAAUAACUUCACGACGCAAUGUUUACGACAGGUCAAAAUAUCCUCCUUGUUGGUGUGUGAAUUUGCAUGACUGAAAAAAAGUUAAAGGAGCACGUUUUAUCAAAAGGGUCAAAGGAAGUUUUGAGGACACUGGGCAAUAAAUAAAAAAAGAAAAGGGGGACGGGACGUCUGAUGGGAAAACAUGUAAAGGAUUAUUUAUACUGAAAGUUUUUGUGACGAUUCAUUUAGAUGCUUUUUUUUCCUUUAUUUGACAAUAUGAAUUCUGUCAGAGCUACGUUUAAACUGAGCCGUGCGUCUGACGCCCGCGGUACGUUGGAGAAUAGAAAAAGUAUGUUACCUAAAUGAUGGGGAAUGUGAUCAUGCUUGAAAUUUAAAGCAUUUCUGAGCCGACUAUCUGUACGAGCCGCCCCCUCCACCACCACCACCACCACCACCACCACCCACUCAGCCAGGAUCAAACCACUUAUACGUACUGUACUGCAUGUUUUUCCUCUGCUCGCCUUCACUCAUCCACUCUUCAGUGUGCUGAGCAUUUUACAGUCUGGUGUGCGUGUGUGAAUUACUUUCGAAGGUGGUAGUAGUAGGAGAUAAACUUUGUUACCUCUUGAAUGUAUCUGUCCCUGUGAUAUUGUUAGGAAAGACUCUCCAAGGUACCGAUAAUGAUGUAGUUUUUAUGAACUGGCAUCGUGGGACUUCGUUGAGGUAUUAGCGACAUCCCACUGCUCUGUGUAGGAUAUAAAACAUGCCUGUGUCCAGGGGAGCAGGUGCCUUCUUAAUGCACUGUAGUGUUUUUUUUGGUUUUUGUUCCGUUUUCUUUGUGCAUGUUAGCAAUUUCUGUGGGAAUCAAAAAAAAAGAAAAAAGAAGAAGAAACACUGUAGAUUGUAACUUAUACACAAGUGACGAGAACGUGUUGUUACCCUAAGAAGAAUCACCAGCUACUAAAAGAAAUGUCACCUUUUUUUUUUCCCUUGCUUUAUCGGAGCAAAGCACAAUUGGCAUUAUUAGAUUUUGUUUUUAAAUAAAUUAAUGAUGGAUUAACAAA